ACUCAAAUAUGACUUGUUAAAUACAAGAAAGGAAGAUGGAGAUUUUCUCAUCAACAUUGAUGCUUUAUAAAUAAAAUAACAAGGAUGGUCUCAGGCGUAUAUCAGAGGAUUCCGUGAUAAAUUCCAUAGGGCCUUAUUGGUUUCCUACAUUGUGGUGAGCCACGUGACGAAAGGAAGCCAUAUGAAAGUUUACCCGACAUGUUGCAGCUUAAUAUUGUUCAAUUAUCCUGUGUUUGCGCAAGAUCAACGACAUUAAUACAUUUCUGGAGAAGAAACUAUUGUAUGCCCUAUUUGCGGGCAUAUUAUUAUUAUUAUUUACAACAGGCCUGUAGUAAUAAAGCUACUUUGGGUUUAUUCAGUCGCAUGCUUUAAAAAAUAAUGAGGAAGUUAAAUGACUUAGCCUAACUGUGAAUUGCCCACAAUCCAACCUCUUAUCAAGGACAUGCGAUGUUUAUGCGUAUUCUUUUAAUCAUUCCGUGUCGGCACGAAUAGUGAGCUGUACUUUUGCAAACUGACUUUGGCCACACCUAAAUCCUGUCCUAUUUUCACUAAAACCGAAGGCUUUUCUCCUGGUGCAUUUGUUUGUGUGCCGGUGAGUACCCGGCUGUGAAACAUGAGAGGACUAGGAGGUACCAACGGGGAAUAGGGGAAUGCAUAAGGCAGCAAUGGAGCAGAAUGGGUUACAGGUAACUCCAAUACAAACUUUAUUUUUCUAUGAAAUAUUUUUGUAAUUUUGUAUUGUGUCAGAAUGAUAAACAUAAUCGAUGGCGGGUGUAUGAGCACACUGUUUAACAAUUAAAUUUAAGUGUAGUUUUCCUGUGAUUUCGACACAAUUUAAACUGAAGACACUGUAUUGAAAGUUGUCAGGCUAACAAGACUUUCUGAUAUAUUAGGCUAAGCCAAGUUUCAGUUGGCGAAGUUGCAACAUUCAUUUGCGAAGUAGCACACUGGUUUUGUAUUUUAAUCAAGCCAGAAAUGUAAUACGUUUCCGCAAUAUCAGUUGUUUAUUGUUAUGUCAUUGAAAUUCAUCUUCAAUAUUUCGAUAUCUGUUAAUAAUUAAUUUCUUUGUGUGUCGUGUCGAAUACCUUACGCUAAGUUAGGUUCACUCAACCCCAACCCCCACUUAUAUCCCUCACUUGCUUUUCAAAAAUAGUAUCUUCCUCAUGUUUUCAAACGUUAAAACAAAAUGCGACAACUUGGCGAUAUCAUCAAAACAGCGCAGUGUGGUUAGGUGCUCCCAGCUGCUUGCGAGGGUCCAUUGCCUUCUACAAGUCUGUGAGCUCCCGCUCUGACAUGGCGCCCCCUGGGCGGGACUGGAAGCUGGGGGGCUUCUACUUUGUGCGCUGCGGUCCCCAGGAACCCGUGUGCAUCGCUGAGGUCACCCUGCUGUGGGAAGACCAAGCACAGCGCCACCUGUUGGCAAGCUCCAGACUCUACUUCCUACCUGAGGACACCCCCAAGGGCAGGACUAGGGACCACGGCGAGGACGAAGUGCUGGCGGUGUCCAAGCGGAUCGUGGUUCGGGUGGAAGACCUGGCCAAGUGGGCCUGCACAGAGCCCCCCGUGUGGAGAAGAGGCGGUGUGAAUGGAGACUGCAUGUGUAAAACCACUUCCUCUUCUACAGAAUCGGAACAACCAAAAAUGAACACACAAGAUGAGGAUGAGGGUGUGAGUGUGCGGGUGCUGAGCUACCCCCAGUACUGUCGCUACCGCUCCCUAGAGAAGCGCGUUCAGGAGUUGGGCGGCUGGCCGCAGCUGCAGGACCCCCACCUGAAGACGCUGGAGGAGAUCCGCAUGGUGCAGCAGGACACGCGCGUGCUCUACUGCCGGGACACCUUCACCCACCCCACGCUCGACUCCAACGCCAGCAUCCUCACGCAGCUCGGAUACCCUUCCAUCUGUUUGAAAGGAAGGCCUCGCAAGCGCAAAGGCAGAUUUGGCAAAGUCCAGGAGCAGCCGAACACCCAGCCGUCAGAGUCAUGGAUAGAACGGAUGAGUGAGAACGUUCUGGGCAGUGCGGAGCAGCAGUGGGCCGGCGGCUGGCUGCACCACCCCGAGGAGCAGCUAUUCCUGGAUCAGCUCUUCAGCUUCAUGGAACGACGCGGCUCCCCCAUCAGCAAGGUGCCCAACCUGGGCUUCAAGAAGAUUGACCUCUUCCUUAUGUAUUCCGUGGUCAAGAGGCUGGGAGGCUACGAAAAUGUCACAACCAGGCGGCAUUGGAAGACGGUGUACAACGAGCUGGGAGGAAGUCCAGGCAGCACCAGCGCCGCCACCUGCACCAGGAGGCACUACGAGAAGUUGAUGCUGCCCUAUGAGCAGUUCAUGAACAGCGGCUUCAAACCCACGAAGGCCCUGGAGCCCGUGAUCCCCAUGAAGCCCAUGAGGGGAAGGCCUCCCCUCCACCUGCAGAGAGAGAAGAGAAACCAACUCGCCUCUCCAGUGAGUCAGGCAGUGUCUGUGGAUGGUGUGGUGGUGCGUAGGGGAAGAGGACGACCCCCAGGCCGGAGGAAAGUCAUGGCAGCCAGGGCAAACCAGGGCCGGCCCCCCCUCCAGACCAAACCACCGCUCAGCCAGGGGGCGCUGCCUCCUCCUCAGGCUCCUCUUGCCCUCCUUCCUCCCCCUGUUCUUCACGAGCAGAACAACAGCACCCCCCGCCAAGCUCAGGUCCACACCCCCAUCUCCUCCUCAUCCACAACCACUCCUCCUCCUGCCAACCCCUUCAAACCAGAGGAGGUGAAGUCGGAGCCUCAGGAUCUGGUCCUCCCCACACCCAGGUCCAGUGGUCUCUCCCAAGUAUCACCCAAUGAACAAGUGCCCCCCCUGCCCAAGUCCAGUGGUCUCUGCCAGGUGUCUCCCACUGCUGCGGCAGCCGUUGUCGUUUGCGCCGGUGGUUUUGGCAUCAGCGCUUCUCCUGCCGUGUUCAGCCCCACUAAAGGCCUGUGCCCACUGGACCUGUUCAGGACCCGUCUGGGCUUGGGCGCCAUGGCAACGGCCGCUCGUCUCAACUCCACCCCCGUACCCAGCCUCCACCUGUCCCCGGUGGGUCAGCAGCAGGCCAGGCACUCUGCUUCAGGCAGCCCGGUCACCUCCACCCCGACUGGGCCGCCUAAGGACCCUCACCCCCUUCCCCAGCACCAAUGCUCCGGAUGUGUACCAUCAGAGGAGCAGGGAACUCCGGGGGGUGGGGGUGAAGGAGCGGUGCGGUCGCGGUCUCCGCUGCCUCCUCUCCGGAUCAUUCCGCUGGAGCUGGACUGCAGCCUGCGGGUGCGGCAGCUGAUGCGCAGCAGCCUGGGCUCCGAGCACAGGCACUCCUUCACCAAGAGGCUGUCGGAGGCGCUGGCGCAGGACCUGGAGUUUCCGCGGGCAACGCCUGGAACCCCUCUACCCCCUUCCCCGUCCUCUUCGCUCUUCACUUUGCCUUCUGGCUCUCCCACCUCAUCUCCUCCUCUUCCUCCUCCUCCUCCCACAGUGGUAGCAGUCAGACCCCAGGAGGAGCAGGUUCAGCCUCUCAAUCUCAGCAAUUGGGGUGCAGCCAACCGGCCUGCCAGGGAUGGCGAAGUAAUAUCACAGCAGCAUGACGCCGAAGACGACGCCCUGCGGACUCCUGUUGCUAAGCAACCCCGGCUCAAUGCAGACGGGCUUCCUCUGAAGGCAAACGGCGGCGUGUUCCGCUUCCCGCUGUUCCAGGACCAGCCAGCCGACCUCAGCCUGCCGCGCCGGGUCCGUGCGCUCCUCAGGGAGAACCGCCGUGUGGCCAGCAAGAGCCCAGACACCUCGGAGCCCAUGGACACUCUCCCACAUCCAGGGGCCGUCUCCAGUGGCGCCCCCUGUAGGGCUGGAGGCUCUCCCAGUGCGGAGGAGCAGGGUGAUGGAGCAGGAGUGGGGAGCUCACUGGGCGUGGUUGAAAUCGGAGGUGCGGAUGUGACACUGGGAGAAGAGGACAGUGGGAAGAGCCGUGCAGAGGUGCCCAGCAAACAGCAAAAUGGCAAAGGGGACAACAACACACAGCUGGCCAAUAGGGUACAAGAUGUUCAGAGGUAUCGCAGAGUGCUAGCCAAUGGGGAUUCAGAUGCUGAAAACGGCCAUAGAAAGCUAACCAAUGGGGAGCCAGAUGCUCAGGCUUAUGACAGAGCACUGGCCAAUGGGGAUCCAGAUGAUCAAGAUGAUCAAGAUUAUCAUAUGGCACUGGCCAAUGGGGACCCAAAUGCUCAUGAUGACCAUAGAGCCCUGGCCAAUGGGGAGCCAGAUACUAUGGGAUCCUUCAUUUCACUCAUGUUGCCGGACUCCCCACCCCACAGCCAAUGUAACUCUGUCAGCAACCCUCUUCUGAGUUAGACAAACAAACAAACAAACCAAACAACCAAAACCCCGAACACAAUCACUCCUGUACUCUCCACACUUUCCACUCAGAUGCUGUAUGUGAACAAAGACACAAUGUCUGUCAUGCACACCAACAUGGCCCCCUCUUUUUUGGGGGGGGGGGUCAC